ACAGGUUCUGGGCUGGGAGUUGUCUCUGAAACCCUGGGAGACCUGGAUGGAUCCAGCCCAGAGCGCGGGUCUCGCCGUGAGCCCUGGCACAGCAGGCAGCGAGCUGGGCUCUGCUCUGCGUGGCACUCCUGGGCAGGGCGGCUUUUGCACGGCGCUGCUAGUAGACAAAUUACAGCCCUGCCUCUGUCCAGGUUCCCUCCCUCCUCGGGCAGCCAGUCCCCACCGACCCACCUUGGCCUGGAUGCCUGCGAGGUUUUGGGGCUGCCGGAGACCCACGGGAAGCAGCGAUGUCUUUCAGCAGGAGGAACUGGUCCGAUCUUUCCAGCCUGGCCAGGCAGAGGACACUUGAAGAUGAAGAAGAGCAGCAAAGGGAGCGCCGGCGGAGGCACCGCAGCCUGCUGUCCUCCUCGUCUGUGGAUGAAGACCACCCCAGCCCCGGGAAGGACCCCAGCCCCGCUCCCAGCAGGUCCCAGGCCCCGGUGAAGCCGGUGGCUCCGGAGGAAGGCGAGGAGCGAACGCUCUCGCAGGUGCUGAGGACAAAAGAAGGGAGACGGUUGAGGUCACCAAUGGCAGUGUCCGAGAAACUAAAACAGGAGAAGGAGCAGCAGGAGGCAGGAGUGAAGCCACACAAGGAGCAGGAGAGCAUUGCGGCUGCAGAGCGGGAUCAGGAUACGGCCCCAGCCCCGGCAGAAGAGCAGCACCCAGAGCCGGCCCACGAGAGGAAGGUGACAGUGAGAGGACGGCUGCAAGACAGAGAGGGACCAGGAACGGGGACACCCCGGGGUGAGCAGAGGAGAGAGGAGGAGCAGCAGCGAGUGGCUCCAGAGCUGGGGGGCUGCCGGCUGCGCGAGGUGAAGAUCCUGACCCGGACGAGGAGCUCCAGCACAGAGGAGAAGGCGGCCUCGGAGGGGACCUCACCUCCAGCCCAGCAGCAUCCACCCAGGAAUCCCUCAAAGGAGGGAAUGCAGCCGCCUCCCAGCCAGGAGGAACCUACAGGAAAGCCAGAUGCUUCCCCAGCUCCUGCCACCUUCAGCAGCUCCAUCCGAAGAAGCAGCCCAAGAACGGUCUCCUUUCGGGUGAUCUCAAAGAAACAGAAAGAAGAAAAUGAGAGCCCUCUGGCGAGAAGUGCGAGCAUGAGGAUCCCGGGCAGCAGCAGCAGCAGCAUUGAGGAGAAGCUGGAAAAGUACACGUCAGCCGUGCAGCGCUCAGGCUCGGUGAGAUCUUCCCUGACCGUCCAGAAGAGCCUGGUGCUGACUUCGGAGGGGGUGGCCAGCAAACGCAACUUCUUUGAGGCCAGCGUUCCCAGCAAGGCAGAGCCGCUCGCUGCCAGGAAGGACAACCUGAAGAUCCCGGGAUCGGUGACGUCGCGCAUUAACCUGUGGAUCAGCCGAACUCAGGAGCCUGCCAAGGAGGAAAAGAGCAAGGACAUCAGGAAAAUAAACAGCCUGCCCAAGCGUGACGUCUGGGUGAAGCAGCCCAGAGAUACCCCUGCAGACAGCGAGGUAGACGUGGGGCUGCGCUGAGAGCUGCCCUGGGCUGGGGCAGGGCCGGGAGCUGCGUCACCCGCAGCCUCAGCCCCAUUCCUGCACUGUUCCUUCGCUUUCUUUUCCAGUUGUAACAAUAUCGUGCACAGCAUUAUUCAGAUGAUCUGGGAAAAAAAAAACUGUUCUGCUCUGAAGAUCAAAGCCUGGCCCUGCCCCGCCGUCCAGCAGCCCACUGCCACCUGAGUCCCACUGCCACCUGCGGGUGGAACGGGGUGGCUGGGGUCCUCUGCUUGUGGGCUGGGAAGGAAGAAGCCUGGAGGUCCGUCCCUGCGUCCCCUCUCCUCGCUCGCUGCCUGUCCAGGAGUACCCAGGCCUGGAGGCUUCCUCCAGACUCUGAAGACAAACCCUUGCCUUGCUUCCCUACAACAUUGCGGUGUCCUGCUCCCAAUCCCUGGCUGUGCCCCAUAACUGUGCUUGCUAAGGGGAUCUGCCCGUACCUGUCCCUUGCAGCUGGAUCGUGUCAGCAGGGUGUGAGGCUGCACAUCCAUAGACUGUGCCCGGCCCCACGUGUGGGGUGAGGUGGGGGGCAGGGAGAUGUCACCCCCUCCCCAAGGCUGGCGGGGGACCAACCAAAGGCAAAGGCUGCAAAGUGUGUGUGCCAGCGUAGCCUGGAGAUCCCAAAGACCCCAAAGCCACCUGGUCCCCAUGUGCCUGCCGAGCCCCUCCGAGGGGACACCAGGUGCCUAUAACGCAAUGCCCAAAUCCUUCUGCCACAGGCUGGGGCUGUGCCUUCAGCAAUCACCGCGCUGUCCGAAUCCGGUGUGGGACCCUCCUGCUGCCCCUGGAUCUGUUCUUGCUUGUUCGGCUUUGGAUAGCACUUGAUUUUCUCUCUAGGACUGCGUUGUUUUCUAAUAAAAGCGGCUCCUUCUAAAA